UCCUUCAGUCGUGUUUAAGAAGGAACUGAUCUUUGCUGUGUACCUUCAGUCGUCCCGGGCACCGGGGUAGAUAAUAGUGGACGCGGCACCGGGGUAGAUAUUAGUGGACGCGGCACCGGGGUAGAUAGUAGUGGACGGGGCACCGGGUAGACGUUGGUGGACGCGGCACCGGGGUAGACGUUGGUGGACGGGGCACCGGGGUAGAUAUUAGUGGACGCGGCACCGGGGUAGACGUUGGUGGACGGGGCACCGGGGUAGACGGUGGUGGACGGGGCACGGGGGUAGACGUUGGUGGACGGGGCACGGGGUAGACGUUGGUGGACGGGGCACGGGGUAGAGGAGGAUAAACACGGGCAAGCCGCAGCCGCACCAUGACCGCCGUGCAGCUCAUCAACAUCGAGCGGCUGAUCGAGGCCGCGCACUACUUGGAGCGGCGGGAGCGAGAGGCUGAGCAUGGUUAUGCAGCACUCCUGCCCGACAGAAGCGAGGACUCUGGCAGCAAAAGAAAAAGCAAAAGCAAGAAGAAUGCAGGGAGCAGGUCAACGCACAAUGAAAUGGAAAAAAACAGGCGAGCCCAUCUGCGACUUUGCUUGGGACGUUUGAAAGAAUUGGUACCAGUGGGAGCAGAGAGUACAAGGCAUACCACACUCAGUUUACUUAUGAAGGCCAAGUUACAUAUCAAGACACUUGAAGAAGGUGACAGGAGGGCUCUUCAUCAGAUAGAUCAGCUACAGCGAGAGCAACGUCACCUAAAACGGCAGCUGGAACUGCUUAACAUUGAGAGGAUGCGAACGGAUAGCAUAGGAUCAACGGUUUCUUCCGAGAGAUCAGACUCUGAUCAAGAAGACAUUGAUGUGGAUGUGGAAAGCACUGAGGGCAUGGCGAGAGAACUGGAUUGGAGCAAUAGUGGUGUGAGUGACUCUGACGAGCAGAUCAGUGUGAAGAGCAGCGGCAGUGACGAAGGAUACUUCAGCACGGGCAUCAUGCGAAUGAAAUUGCUCCCAACCCCUCACAAAACUCUUGCCCGCCUAUAAAGGAAUCCAGUCCCAUCGGAUAGUACUUUCAUAUGAUGAGUUACUACUCUGUGGUUGGACUUAGUAUUCUGUAGCACAACAUGUAUUUUUCUCUCUUAUUCAUCAUGCUUAUUGCUUCCUGGUACUUCAGAUUUGCCGUGAAGGACCUACCGAUCACUUUAAGAAAGUAAGGGAGGUUUGGAGAGGGAUGGAGUGUGUUUUACUCUGAAGGCACAUUGUUGUUUGCUGGUCUAGCUUUUAUAAGUACUCAUCCCUGCCUCUCAAACUGUAGCAUCUCCCUCUCCACCAGCACUAUAUUUUGAUUCACUUACAAAUCCUUGGAUCAGGAAGAGAACAAUCCAAUAGCCUGCAAACAUAUUUUGCCCAAGGGCACUGAGUAAUAAUGCAGUCUGUUGUUUAUGUAUGAUCGUAUUUUCAAGUUUGUGGUCUGAGGGCUUCCUUUGUGAUUUUCACAAAUUGAACAUUACUCCCUAGAGCAAACAUGCGUCCACUAGUAUAUGUCUUAAUUACUAUAUCAGUAAUGGGUAAACUUCAAUUUGAUUGUUUUCAUUAGAUAUUCCACCUUCCUGGCACCAUAUUGCCCAAUCAUUUGGUACUGGAUGCACUCCACGCCUUCACACCUGCUUCAGCUAGCCCCUGAGGAUUAUUCUAAAAAUUGGAACUGGAUAUUUAGCCGUCAAUUUUGAUUGCACGUUUCAGGUAAUUUGUUUGAAUUCACUGAGCAUUCUCGCCCAAAAGCAAAAUGCUGGUGUUGCUGGGAAUACGCAGCAGGUCUGGUGGCAUCUUUGGUGACGUAAACAAUGUCGCUCGGCUCAUUCUGCCAUGAACCCUGGAAUAUUCCCAGCACCUGCAGCAUUUUGCAUUUGAACUUUUCAUGGGUCACCUGUGUUAUAAAAUAGAUUCAAGUCCAAAGCAUGGGUCUUGAAAAUAAUGCUGCAGUUAAAUUCUAUGGUCACUAUAAAUCUUAUACAUUUAAUUUGAAGUUGAUUCUCAGACACAAUGUUUUGUUUUGUCGUCUGAAUAAGUGUGACAGUUUGAGGUCUGUUUUGUCCUCCAGUAUUGUUGUAGGAAGCCAUGGUCUAAGUGGCUCAUGUUGAAUUUCACUGGAGUCACUUGUCUUUCUAUAUCGUGAAAUAAUCUUAAGGGUGUGGAGUAUAAACAGCAAAGGAUGUUGGUCCCUGCUUGCUUUUUUUAAGUUUCUGAUAAGCAGUCUUGAAUCAUCAGCCUUGUGCUGACAUUUCUUUCAAAUAACAUCAGUCUUGACCUGUUUCCAACCCUGCCACCGUGCUGGAGAGGUAAUAGCAGCAUGUUAGAACAGUCCAUCGUGUUCUCAUUCAGUGAGUUAAUGUAGGCCAGCACACGCACCUGAUGGUGGCCACAGAUUGGUUCCUUCAAUAGUGUAAACAUCAAGCACUUCCAUUUGUCUUAAACUUGAGGCAUUCUUGUUUUUCUUUAACACUUUUCAUAGCUUGUUUUAAUUUACUUAUUUGUUAUUGUUAUAUAUUUGGAUUGUCUUACCUGGCCCACGUGUACUAUGAAAUAUUUGCCCCAACCCGUAAUUGUUUGGGAAUGAUGCGUUUUCUACAUGUUCAGUUCCUCAAUAAGAAAUCUAAUCCUUUGCUUACUACUCAGUGGGGGGCCGGUGAAAGGCCAUCUGACAACGACCUGUUCAUGCAUUACUGAAAUUGUGUGUUUUUAUCUUUUUGCGCUCCUGUCCAUUGCAGUUCUAGUGCAGUUUCUGGCCAUUAAGGCAAAAUAAGCUCUAAGUUAAAAAAUGAAAAUAAUUUGGUACAAAGGUUUGGUGUAGUUUUGAAGACACCUUGCCCUUUCUCACACCGAAGACGAGGCAGUAAUUUUACUUAGUGGCAGGCCACUUUUACCCUCGUGUUGCCAAUGGCAACAGUUCAAUAAUGAACACUUCGACUUGCACAAGUACAAAUAGGUGUCUCUGACACCAUCUGCUCAUAGCAACCAGCAAACAUCUGUUACAGCUAUGAAUUCGUGAUUCACACUUCAGCCUGUAUCAGGAAAUCACUUUACUGAACUAUAAAUCAGUCAAGGAAGGCAGCUGAACAAAGUGUCUUGACUAUAACUCUGUAACCUUAGUUGGAUCUCCAUAGGAAUGGUACCAGUGUCAUUUCAUACCCUCGUGUCUCUGAAGUGUUGGGUCUGGUGCUGGAUGUGAGGCUUGUCUGUAUUGGGCGAGGGCUGCACAUACAAGGCCAAACUCACUGGGAGAAAUGCUGCCUCCGAGAGGUGGUCAUAGAUGUACGUGGAGUUGUGGCUGCAGUGAAACUGUAGCUGUAGCGAAGCCUGCCGGGUGUUUUAGUGAUCGUCCCCGCACCCUGUUUACAAUAACUUUUCGCAAUUAGAGAAUACACACCAAUGUUAGUGAGUUGCACCUUAUUUGUAGAGCUUGUUCACUUUCCAACACCUCUCCUAACUCUCCCAAUCUGUCUUCCCCUGGUUUUAUCCACCCACCUGCUUUAUCCGAUCACCACACAAAUUAAUUUUACCUGCAAAGUGUUUCUUCAAUCAAAGAAUGGUCCCGACCUGAAACACCAUCUAUCCUUUUUCUCCAGAGAUGCUACCUGACCCGCUCAGUUACUCCACACUUUGUGUCUAUCUUUGGUAUAAAUCAGCAUCUUCAGUUCUUUGUUCCUAAUUUUACCUGCACUAGUACCUGAAGAUGCCAGCACUGAUUGUAAGUGUACCGCCAUCCCCAGCAGUGUCAGUCUUGCUCACACACGCACAGCUGUAGCUCAAUGAAUUGCACCUUCACAGUUCCACUGCACAAGUUAGUGAGGAGAGCCAUGUGACUUGCGCAAAAACUCAGUCCAGAGGUGCGUUUGCUGUUGGCAUCUGUAUAAAUGUAAUUUGUAGACUGAAAAUUGGUACUCUGUCAUGCAUAAUGAAUGCUGAGCAUUCUGUACAUUGUAUCAAUAUGUCAAGCUUUGUUUAGGAAUUCUUAUCUUACUUCUCGUUGUUCUAGAGUGAGUGUGAUUUCUCAUUGUGUGUAGAAUGCACCAGCCCUUCUACAUUUGCACUAAUCUUCCUCACUAACUAUCGGUAUGCAUGGAUUUUCUUUUACAAGGAAUUGUAUCAUUUUCUCAAUUUUAUUGUUGAUUAACAAGACAAAAUUUAAACGAACGAUCAAAAGUGCUUCUUUAUACAGUUGUUACUGGGCUUAUCGGCACUGAUGUGCCACAUGACAAGUUUGUGCCGAGAGCACUAGUUCAAUGUACAACACCGCUUCUCAAGGUGCAAACACAUGUUCAAAGACCAGGCAUAAUCUUUAGUUGUGAGGCUGGGUGCUAAGAAUACCCAGUGUGUUCCACCUCCCUCCCUGGUGAGAAGGUCAUGCCAUGAGAUGUGACUACAACCACAUAAUACAUUUUCAAUAUUCUCAACCAAAAUGCAGUAUAAAUAAAGUUGCAGUGUCGGUAAGCCUGUUAAUAAAUGUGAAGUGGAACAAUGCCUUGUUGCUCCAAAUUGUAUUUACUAAGUCAUUGGAGUGUGAUUCUUGUCCCUCACCAAAGUAUGAUUUCAUCUGUAGUGCAAAUGAGAGGGGAGAGGGGGGGGGGAGUUAUAAAGCCUGCCUGCCUUGUUUCUGAAUUGAGCACUUUUGAAAAUGCAGUACCCACACCUUGGAGUAUUGUUUGUGAGGAAUAUCUUGGACAUGCAUCAUGAAAUGAGCAAGGUGAAAUUGUGCCUUCUCACCUCUGCACGCUGUCCUCCAGAUUUAAUCUGAGCUUUUGUGUUUGUCCGUCUGUCUUUUUAACACUGACUGUACCUGAUAAAGAGCUGGUUUUUGCUUAGGGAGACAGUAACAUGGUUGCGUUACUACCAAAUGUUGUCUGUGAUUGUGGAGCUUUACCAGUUUUAGUAGGCUAAAAAAGCCUUACAUAGUGUAGCUAUUGUGCAGUCUGGGGCGCAGCCUUUCAUAAUCCGUUUCUGUUUUUGGCACUUGUAUUGUGAAUGUUCUAAUCGGUGUUCCAUAGUGUGCAUCAGGUGGUAGGCAGGAGACGGCAACUUAAAGAGGACAAACAUGCAAACAUUCCCCCAUUUUAAAUGUCCAUGUCGGAUUGCAAUAUAGAAGCUGCCCCUGUAAUCACAACUAGCUGUCCGUGAUGGUGUGUAAUUUGGUGACAAAUACCCUGCAACAAUGGUGAUUGGUAGCAGCUCCACAUGGACUUCAUCUAGCAAUAAAACUUUCUAAAACUUUGUGGGGCCUUGUUCCCGUAACAUUUGCAGUUGACAUGCUCAGAAUUACAUUCUUUAAAUGUACUUGUAAAGCAACCCUUGGUGCUGGAGAGUGUUUGUAUGGACUGGUGUUCUGCUUUAGCACAAGCAAACUGGAGAGGAAUAGAUUAGUGGCACUGGAAAUAUUAACUUCCUCCAGACACUAUUAGCACAGACACAGUUUACUUGCUUGCUUCUAAUGUGUUUAUUUUAGAUAUUUCCUUCUAUUAUAUGCCUGACAAUUUGGUAAACUAUGAAUAAUUUCAACGUUGCCUUUGGUUUGGCGAUUAAACAGUUCCUUCAGCUAUUCAAUGCCUGUUCAUUUGAAGAAUCAUCAUGGUCGUGUGCAGGACCGGUAAAAUUAAGGAUGUACAAGGCAGAUGUGUGCUUUCAUUUUAAAAGAUGAGUAGAUUGACUUAGAAUUUUGACAUUUCGUAUCAUGAACCCCCUGAAUGGGAAGAUUUUCUCCAUAUCCAGCAGUGUCUCUGUCUGACCAAAGGAAUUUCUAUUGGCCUGGUCCUAACUAUAUGUAGCCGAUGAUAGACUCAAGAAGCUGGAGUAACUCAGCGGUUCAGGCAGCAUCUGUGGAGAACAUGGAUAGGUGACGUUUCACAGAGUGCUGGAGUAACUCAGCGGUUCAGGCAGCAUCUGUGGAGAACAUGGAUAGGUGAUGUUUCACAGAGUGCUGGAGUAACUCAGCAGUUCAGGCAGCAUCUGUGGAGAACAUGGAUAGGUGACGUUUCGCAGAGUGCUGGAGUAACUCAGCGGUUCAGGCAGCAUCUGUGGAGAACAUGGAUAGGUGACGUUUCAGGUAGUGAGCCUACUUUCCUCACUGUUGGAGCGUCAUCCACUCUCAACAUUGGCUCUUUAGCUGAGCCAUAGAAAAGAACGAUGCCAAAUAAAGUUCUGGGUUCUCUCAGCGGUUGGGCACCCUCUGUGGAGGGAGUGAACAGGCGGCACUUUAGGUGGGCUGACGAAGGACAUGGGCUUUAAAAAACAAAACAAAAAACUAUGAAGAAGGGUCUCUGCCCAAAACUUCAUUUAUUCAUUCCUUGCACAAAUGCUGCCUCGCCUGCUGAGUUAUUCCAGCACUUUGUUUUGAUCAAGAUUCCUUUUUGUGUGUGUGUGUGGCAAACUGGUUGAAUGUCCCUUCAGUGACACCCUCUUUGGCCAUCGCUUGAUUGGAUUAAACCAUCCACUUGGGGCCCAGUGGAAAUGGGGGAGGACACAAUUCCUUAUUUUACAUAUGCUGAUUAUGGCAAAUACCUUAUCCUCUGUCAAGACCAUACAGUGGUUCUUAUUCCAGGCAGAACAUGUUUCGGGCAACUGUAUGUUAGACAUGUUUCUGUGUAUGUACACUUAAUGUAUUGUUCAACUGUUGUAUAAAAUUAAAAACACAAUUUAUUUCAUUA